UUAAUACAUUUGCUUUUACAGCGUGUACCUGACGGGUUGCGUGUUCUCCUGCUCACAGGCGACGUUUCUGUACGGUGACUCGCCGUACAACCGGCGGCACAGCUGCGCGGGCGCGCUGGUCUCCCCCAACACCGUCCUCACCGCCGCCCGCUGCGCCGCGCUGGGCUGUCUACCCCUAAAGCGCGUGCACCUGGGGGAGCCGGAGCGGUGCGACGGCGUGGGUCUGGCGCACGUGGAGAAGGUCACCGUGCACCCUGAGUACCGUCCGGGACGCGCCUACGCCGACCUUGCCGUCGUGAGGCUGACCAGGUCCUUCGACCUGCGGGACUUUUUACCGAUGUGCCUCAACACGGAGGCAGACGUGCCGAUCCGGGCGGGCCUGCGCGCCACCGGGGCCGCCUGGAACACCGUCGGCACCUGGGAGGAGAUGAUCUUGCAGAAGCCCAACAACACCCUAACCGUGCGCUCCGCCGAGCGCUGCUCCGCCGCCCUCCUGAAGCACGACAGGCUGCGCGGGGCGCUGCCGGAGGGCUACUCACCUUCCCUGCUGUGCGCGGGCGGGCUCUGCGACAACGAGACCUACGCGGGGGACUCGGGCACACCGCUGCUCUCCUUCAAGCACACCCUCCUGGCGCCCCAAGGUCCGUUUGCUGUCGACUACGUCCUCGGUAUCGCCUCCUCGCUGUCGUACUGCACCGUCCGGGACGCUGACGGCUACCUCCUGCCAGACUUGUUCGCCGACGUGAGCCAGCACAUAGACUGGAUCGAGCGCAUAGUCUGGCCUGGCAAAGCUGUCUGAUUCUUUAUAAGCGUAUGAUGAAUAAACUAAAACCAGUAACUAUCAA